AUGGCCAAGAAGAAGAAGCAGGGCAACAAGUCAAAGCAGAAGGGCCCCUUGCCUCAGAAACCCAAUGUCAAUACAGAAGACCAUCAACAAGUGCCCAACCCGCCACAGGACCACUUAGUUCCCAAUGAUGUUGGUGAAGUGGGAGGUGAUGGUACUGAUCAAGAAAGUGGCAAUGAAGCUGAAAAACAAUCAGAAGAAUAUCAUGAAGAGGUGCCCAGAGAUGAAUCUUUGGAGAAUGAGGUUCAAGAUCGAGAUGUUCAGGAUGUAAUUGAAAAUAAUGAUGAUAAUGAUAGCGUUGAAGCUAAUAAGGAUGAUUUAGAUACAGCUAAAAAUAAGACUAAAGAGGAAGCAAAUGGUGAAGAUGAUACUACAAAAGAUGAUGAUCAAGAGAAUGAUAAGGAUCCAGAGAGUAACCAAAAUCAAGAUACAGAGGAUAAUAAAGAAGAUAACGUCAAAGAACUGAACAAUAAUGGUGAUAAUUCCAUUACCAAACAAGAGAAACACAGAACCAAUGGGGAAUAUGAAGCUGAUGAAACACAAUCAAAGUCAGAAGAAACUGCUGAAGAGUCUAAAGCUGAACAACCAAGCAUUGACACAGAUCACAAGCAAGAAACAGAACAUCUUGAAGUUUCCUCCAACCCAAUAAGGCCUUCAAUUUCAGUGCUCUCAGAUGAAAAGGGUUCAGCCUCGGAAGAUUCAAUAAUCAAUGAGUCAAAAUCUGAAUUACACCUGGAAACAUUGAAAUCUGUAUCAAGUCCAGAUUCAAAGCCUAAACCAAAACCUAAACCAACCAAAUUCAUCAGAUCAUCACCAGGACCCUACAAGAUCCAUGAUAUUAUAGGAGAAUUACCACUACACAAUCCAGAUAUUAAUGGAUCUGAAAAUGCUUACCCAACAUAUGUUGAGAAAUUAGAUGAUCAUAUCUACAUAGGGACCUCACAUGGUGAGAUUCUACAUUUCUUCAAGAUUGAAAAUGAUUUUAUUCUUGUUUCAAGGAACAGUUUCCAUCAAUCACGUAUAAGGCCAAUAACAAAGAUAUUAUUACUACCCAAAAUCGAAAAAGCAUUGGUUCUAGCUGGUGGUUUAUUGUCAUGUUUCCUAUUACCUGAAUUCUCACCUGCAAAUAUUGGAAGAGUGAAAGAGGUUAAUGACAUAAGCUUGGAUUUUGACAAUAAGGCCAAAAAUGAUAGUACAGGUGUUCAUGUCACAGUUUAUACUAAAAACCAAAUACGGAUAAUCAAUGUGACACCAACUGCUCUGAGGUUAGUUAAAGAUAUUGCAUAUACGGAAUCUACAAAGGGUUUAAGAAGAUCUGAAUAUUCACUAGUUGCAUCCAAAGAAAAUUAUGACUUGAUUGAUUUGGAAAAUUUUCAAAAAAUUCCAUUGUUCCCAAUAUUAACCGUGCAAGAUGAAACAGGAAAUGAAAAACCAAAACUAGAUCCAUUCAUCUUACCGGUGUGGCAGGAUGAAUUCUUAUUAACUUGUGGGAUCUUUAAAGAUGAACCUUCCAUGGGGCUGGUUAUAAACAUCAAUGGGGAUGUGUCAAGAGGUACGAUCCCACUGGCUAAAUAUCCAGUUUCAAUGGGUAUAAAUUAUCCUCACGUUGUUUCAUCUUUUGGUAGCUCGGUUAUUGCUUACUCUUUACAUGAUCAGUCAGAAGUGCAAAGCAUAGAAUUUAGUGGAGAUGUGAAAAUUAUCAAUGUUAGUUCAGCAUUUACAGAACCAUAUGAAGAUCUUGUUGAUUUGAUUAAACUGUCGCCUUUGAUUGGUGAAGACCCAGAGAGAGAAGUGAAAGAAUUAGAAUUUGUCUUUAAGAUAUCCACCAUAACGACAUCAUUAGUCUGUUAUUGUUCCAAUUUCAUCAAAAUUUUGUUACCACAACCUCGUUUAAUACGGCUACAAACUUUCCAAAAUGUUGAAGAAUUGGAAGAUGAAUUGAAAUCAGUUGAUGGAAGUACGGAAUUAGGUGUUAUAGAACUGGAAUAUAUUAAUUUAUUAAUUGGAUUGACACAUUUGAAAAACAAAACCUAUUCACAAGCUUUUGAAAUAUGGACAAACGGUACAGUAGAUCCAAGAAUCUUGAUUUAUAUAUUUAAAUAUGAAGUUUAUGGUGAAGUUUGGUGCUUCAAUGGUUUACAAGGCUUGAUUGAAGAAGUUAGAAAGUUGAUAAAAGACAAUAAGCUCAAGAAAUUCUUUGCAAGUUUUUUGGAUAAGUGGAUAUCUAAAGAGUCAUAUACAGAGAAUGCCGAUAUCGUGAAAUCUGUUGAAUUGGCAAACUUGAGAGAAUCACUUUCUGACAAUUCAAAAGUUUUAAAGAUAGUGGAAAAAGAUAUUAGCCUAACAUUACCAGAAACAAUAGUGAUUUUGAAGGAUCACGGGAAACAUCUAGCCCUGGCUAAGAUUUAUAUGAAACAAGGUAAAUUCAAAGAAGUACUUCAAAUUUAUAAGGAAUUAGAAGAUAAUCAGAAGCAAGAUGGCUCUUUUAAGAAAGGUGAAGGGUUAACAAUGAUUAUUGAUUUGGUUUAUAAACAUUUUAGUGAUGAUGAAGAUCUUAUUUGGGAUAUUGGUUUAUGGUUGAUCAAUAAAAAACCAGAGUUGGGAUUGAAUUUCUUUCAACAUGAUGGACUAAAGAUAAACAUCAAAGAUGAAACGUUAUUGAUAUCCAAGAUUGACGACAUCUCUUUGAAAUACAAGUACAUUGAAAAACUUUUGGUACGGUUGAACAAGGACAAGAUGAGAUCGAAUUUGGUCAAGAAUCUACACAAGACAGAGCUGAAAAGCUUGAAUGAGAGAAUCAGAAAAUACAAGAGCCAUACAAACCAAUAA